UUUUUUUUUAAAGUCUGACCCAAAACGGUGCGUUUUCUCUUUUUUGAACACUAACUAGGUUUCAUCAAGCUAACAGCUUGAUUUGGACCAAACAAAAAAUAAAUUCGGAGAAGAGACACUGAUCAAUUAAAAGUAACUUGUUCAUCAAAACCAUGACUGAUUAUGUGCAGGAACAGGAGAUGGAAAUUGAAGCAUUGGAGGCAAUACUAAUGGAUGAGUUCAAAGAAAUUCAUUCAAGUGAGAGUGGGUUAAAUACUUCAAAUCGAUGCUUUCAGAUAACGAUUUCUCUGCAGGAUGAUGAUGAAGAAUAUUCAACUGCAACUCCAGGCCAGCUAGCUCUCAUAUUCUCCCACACUGAGAAGUAUCCAGAUGAACCUCCUCUGCUAAAUGUGCAAAGCAUACGAGGUAUACAAUCAAGUGAUCUUAAAGCUUUGAAAGGAAUGCUUGAACAAGAGGCAACUGAAAAUCUUGGUAUGGCUAUGGUCUACACGCUUGUUUCAUCAGCUAAAGAGUGGCUAUCUGAAAAAUUUAAACAGAUUGCUGGCGGUGAUAACAGUGAAGAUGAAGUGGCAGCUAAAGAUGAGGUAAUUAUACCACAUGGAGAAGCUGUUACUGUUGAAACGUUUUUGGCAUGGAGAGAAAGAUUUGAAGCAGAAUUGGCUCUUGAACGAGCAAAAUUGAUGCCUGAGGCUGUUCUUAGUAUCACUAAGGAGAAGAAGCUUUCAGGCAGACAGUGGUUUGAAAGUGGAAAAGCUAAAGGUGCAGCUGCAGUUAAUGAAGAAAUUGACGAGGAAGAUGAGGAGGAAAUCGACUUUGAUGAUGAUGAUUUUGAAGAUGAUGAAGAUGAUAUGCUAGAGCACUAUCUGGCUGAGAAAACUGACUCAUCGUCGAGGAGAGCCAAUUAAUCGGUACUGUAUUUUGUUCAGCUCCUACUAAAAGCGCCAUAACGCAUGGAGAUCUAUCGGUUUUAGUCAGAAGCACUUCACAUGUAUUUUUGUUCCAUGCCUGUCUCUUCACAUAAAGGAGGGAAUGUAGAUUAGAGUUUUGCAUUUUCUUUCAUUCUAAAAAAGUAUAAUUGAUAUUUUGUACUCAUCAGAAAAAGAAAAAAAGGCUAUUUCACUUGAA